GGCAGUAGGCCUUUUCUUUCUCAUUUUGACUCGGGGAUCGACAGCCAAAGCGCCAUCCCAUCCACCCCAAAGCACCAACCACUCCUCCCAGAGCAACAAUCAACGACGUCACUGUCACAAUGGCGCAUCUGUGGGAGAUGAACACCAACGAGAUCGACCGUAGAAAGUCGAGCGUCGUUGCCAUCCACGGCCCCGACGGCGCUGUCCGCCGGGUGUCGGUCACGCAGCUCAACGAUGCCGACAGGGCCCUCGCUGCCGAGUUUGGCUACGAGCCCGUCUUCAAGCGUGAAUUCGGCUACUUCUCCGCCUUCUCCUUCGCCGUGAGCAUCAGCGGUACCUUUGCCACCAUCGCCGGCACCCUCUCCUACCCUCUCUAUGCCGGUGGCAGCGCUUCGGCCGUUUGGUGUUGGUUGAUCUCCGGCGCCGGGUGUAUGUGCAUUGCCUGCUCCGUCUCCGAACUCGUCUCGGCAUAUCCUACCUGUGGUGGUCUGUACUAUACCGUUUCCCGGCUGGCGCCCAAGGAAUGGGUGCCCUCCAUCUCCUGGGUCGUUGGCUGGCUCAACCUGCUCGGACAAGUGGCGGGUGUAGCCUCCUCCGAAUGGAGCGCUGCUGCUCUGCUUCUUGCCGCCGUGUCCAUGGGGACGGACUUCAAGUACCUACCUGGAAAUAACGACGUCGUGGGCGUCAUGGCCGGCCUCACCGUUCUCACUGGUCUUGUCAACGCUCUCUCCACCAAAUGGAUGGAGCGCAUGACCAAGUGGUACGUCGUCUUCCACGUCCUCAUCAUCGUCUCUUGCAGCAUCGCCCUCCUCGUCGUGGCUGGAAAGCAUGGCACCCUGCACACCGGAAAGUAUGUCUUCACAAACGUCGAAGACCCAUCGCUCUCCGGCUGGACCCCCUCUGGAUGGUCCUUCUUGUUUGGCUUCCUGUCUGUCUCGUGGACCAUGACCGAUUACGAUGCCACCGCACAUAUUGCCGAGGAAAUCCAAGAGCCCGAAAAGAAGGCCGCCUGGGCCAUCAGUUUGGCCAUGGCCUUCACUUACAUCGUUGGCUGGCUCUUCACUAUUGUCCUGUGCUUCACCAUGGGCAACCCGCAUGAGAUCCUCAACUCUCCCGUCGCCCAACCCGUCGCGCAAAUCUUCUACAACGUCCUGGGCAAGUCCGGCGGCAUCUUCUUCACCGUCGCCGCGUUCAUCAUCCUCAUGUUCGUGUGCUUCACCGCCGAGCAGGCUCUCGCUCGAACAAUCUUCGCCUUCUCCCGCGACAAUCUCCUCCCUUUCUCCCGCGUUUGGACCAAGAUCCACCCCCUCACCGGCACGCCCUUGAAUGCCGUCGCAAUCUCCAUCUUCUGCUGCAUUGCCAUCAACCUCAUCGGUCUCGGCUCCUACACCGCCAUUGCCGGCGUGUUCAACGUUUGCGCCAUCGCUCUGGACUGGAGCUACUGCAUUCCCAUCUUCUGCAAGCUCGUCUUCGGCAAGUUCAAGCCCGGGCCGUGGUACAUGGGCAAAGUAGGCUACUUCGUCAACGCGUGGGCCUGCAUCUGGACCGCCUUUGUCGCCAUCAUCUUCGUCAUGCCCACCGCCCUGCCCGUCAGCGCCGAAACUGUAAGUGCCUAUUCCCAUCACCCCCAAUCCCCGCGUAUGCACCAGCUAACGUCUGAAUCUUGGCAGAUGAACUACGCUGUUGUCUAUCUCGCGGGCAUUCUGGCCUUCGCCGCCAUCUACUGGUACGCGUACGGCAAGCGAUUCUACACCGGGCCCAUCAUCGAGGCCAAGGUGGAGGACGAGGCCUUCUCGAACGAUGUGGAGCGCAGCAGCGAUGAGAAUAGUAUGAGGAAGCGAAACAUUGUUGAGAAGGAGAAGAACUAAGCGGCCGGGGGUUUCUUUUCUUUCCUCUAAUGUUGGAAAUGUAGGAUGGGACCUGUUGUGAGGAGGAAACGAGGGAAAAGGGGGCUUUCCUUAUUUCGAUAUCUGCCUUAUA